AUGGACGAAGACAGUUCGGCGACGGCAUGGCUUCCGAGUUACGAGAAUGUGGCAGUCAGUUCGGACACGCCGGCGACGAUUGCCUUGUGCACCGUGAAGAGGAGGCUCAUGGCCGCCUGCACCCUGGGCGGUCUGCUGCUGUCGCUGGCGCUGCUCGUCAUACCCGCCGUGCUGUUCCUGGCGCCCUAUGCCAGAGCAGCGCGAGGCGACCGAGACGAGGAGGCCGACGCCGAGGCUCGCCGCGACGUCGACCGCGAGCAGUUCUGCGAACAGCCCGUUCCGCGAAUUCCCCUUCUCAGCGCCGACAACAAGCACUUCAGGCAGCAAUUCUUCUACCAGGCCGCGUUCACGCCGUUCGAGUACUGCACCUACGUCGUCCUCCAGUUCUUCCACGUGACGAAGACCAACCCCUCGUACCGCACGUCGCACGACGCCGACUUCCUGCGCAGCAUCGUCAGCGCAUCACGUAAACGCACCAAGAAGCUGCGUGGACAGUCGGACGGCGUGCCCAUUCUGCUGGGUCUGGGUGUCGACGAGUCGGACAGCAGCCGCUUCCAUCACAUGGUGGUCGCCGACACGGUGGAGGUGUUCGUCAGAGCCGCCAUGGUGCAUGUCGACAUGGACCGCCUGAGCGGCGUGCACGUCAACUGGCUCUAUCCAGGCUACUGUCGUACUACCCAAAUCGUGUUACGGUCACUGCCAUUUCGAGUCGAACAUCAGUAUAAAUCGACUUGUUUCCGGCACACUGCAGGCGGUCGGUGCGGAGACGCUGCAGACAAAACAGGCCUUCUGGACCUCCUCCAGAAGUUCCGGUCCGUCCUUCCGUUGCCGGCCUACACGCUCACAGUGGCAGUUAGCACCCAGUCGGCGUCUAAGAACUACGACCUGCAAGGCAUGCUGGACGUAGUCGAUUACAUCGUGGUGCACGCUCCGGACUCGUACAGCACCAUCGCGUGCCACUUCAAUCGUACAGCAGUGACUGCUGCGAUGUACAGAUUUGCUAGAACAACGGGCCUGUCACGCAAGUUCUGCUAUGCAAUGAGGCUCUCCGCCACCACCUUCCUUGUGCAUGCACCGGAAUUGGGAGCCCGCGCCCACGGCCGAGGUCCUGAACUGCGCGCAAGCAACGCUGCAGGCAAGGCAGCCCGGUUCGAACUCUGCGAUGCCUCGUGGACGGUGGACAGGGCUGGCAGCACACCCGAAUGCACGCUGGUCGCCAAGAGGGAACCUGUGGAAGGAAAAGCACUGAUUGCAACAUACGAAACUGUUCAGAACCUCCAGCAGCGGUUUGACCUGGGCUAUGCAGAUGGAAUUGGUGGUCAGUGUGUGGCAGUCUACGACCUCGAACUCGACGACUACUUAGGCAGAUGCAUGCAAGGCUUUUCACCCCAUCUCAGAGUCAUUGCUGUGGAAGGCACUGAACAGCCUAGUGCCAACGUUUAUUCAGAGAUUCCAUGAAGGAACCAUUCGUUACUCAACGGGGUCCAGCUGACUAGAGCCCUAGAUGCACCUGCCGCCGAAUUUCAGAUAACCGUAC